UUUUUGUGUUACUGAAUUUUAGGUCCAGCGGCAUGGCAAUGGAAGUUUGAAUCUGAAGUUGGCCGAUUUUGGAUUAGCCAUGGUGGUAACAGAGCCAGUGUUCACAGUCUGUGGCACACCUUCAUAUGUUGCUCCAGAGGUACUUGCUGAGACAGGUAGGAUCUGUAGGCUACUCAUUUAGAAUAGCUGGGACUGGUUGGACACAAAAAACCUGAGCUACAGCUCUGUCCUAAAUCUCAAGCAAAUACUUUAAGGUUUAAAAUGUUUAGCAACACGAUCUGACACCAAAAUCUAACAUGAUAUUUCAAAUGUUCAGCUAUGCAUGUGCACAUGUAUGAACAGGUUAUGGUGUUGGAGUAGACGUUUGGGCUAUGGAUGUCAUACUUUUUGUGCUGGGUGGGUUUCCUCUAUUCCGUUGUCCAUAAUCAAGAGGAACUAUUCCGUCUCAUCCAGAACGGAGAAGACCACUUUCUGUCCCCUUACUGGGAUAAUGUGUCUGAGGGGGCUAAAGCUCUAGUCAGGGCUUUGCUGGAAGUCAAUCGGAAAAGGCGUUUGACAGCUGGUCCAACCCUGCAGCACGACUGGCUUCAGCAUGCAACAGCACAGAAGGACCAUAAGGGGGCGAUAAAAGCCACUGACUCCAUGCCUGAGAGGCGCAACCAACAGAAACUGAGUGGAGUGGACAGGUGGAAAGUGGUGAGAAUAAGAGUGAUUCUCAGAAACCAGAGAUGUCGGCAGAGAAAUAUCAUGCAGCAAAAACUUUAAAGAACAAACUUAAUAACUAUGAUUCAGAUUUUAACGCUUGUGACAGAGACCAGCAGAUUCAAGAGAUUCAUAACAUGACAUGCAACCAGCAAAAUGCAUGGCUUGCAGAAGACACCACCACCAUGAGCAAGCAAUAUAUCACAGAUCAGCA